AUGGCCAUGAACGGCGAAGUCGCUCACACGACCAACGGAUCUUCUCAAGCUCCCACUCCGAGCACAACUGACAACGAUCUUUCGCAACUACGAAAAGCCCUCGACACCGCAUACGAUUCUCACACGUCCGCCGAGCUUCGACAGCAAGCAACCGCUCUCCUCGAUGAAGCCAAACACCAUCCCCAAGCUCCUACCUAUGGUUUCCAGCUCGCUGUUGAAAAGUCCCACCCGCCAACUCUCCGCCAUUAUGGCCUGUCCAUGCUCGAGUUUUCGAUCAGACACGUUUGGGACGAGUACGACCAGCAACAAGCCGAUGAAAUCACGCACCUUGUGAUACAGCUCGCUCGGAGCAUCAGCCCACGGGAUCCGUCGUUUCUUCGGAACAAGAUAGCACAGCUAUGGACAGAGCUGGCCAAGCGGUCCUGGGGAGAUGGAUGGAUGGACAUGGACCAUCACCUCGUCGCGUUCUGGGAGACAUCUCUGGAGCACAGAGCCCUCGUCCUCUACAUUCUGGAAGCCCUGUCUGAGGACAUCUUUAUUCGGGAGGAUGCUGCAGCUGGUGUGCGAGGACCAGACUUGGGCAGGGCCUGCGUGGACAUAUUCGUCCCGCAGGCGGUCCUCCAAGAACACUUCUCAAAGCGAGAGACGGGACCACAGGUUCGAAGCGGAGAUCAAGGAUGGAUCAUGAGGCUGUGUGAGUUUUUGGGCCAAUCCCUCGGCCCUUCCUGGCCGGACGACCAGAUACGCUACUGUGCAAUCCGGUCCUUAGGUGCCUUACGAGCAGCUGUGGCAUGGGUCAUGCCCAAGGCCAUCUCAGUGACCCACUGCGUCGACUACUUCUGUCAGGCGCUUGAGUCACAGCCGGACGUAGAGCUCAGAACGGCGGCUGUCGAGGCUAUGCAGGCGAUCUACGGCCGGCAAGGGCUGCACGACGAUGAGUUUCUCGAGCUCGUUUGUCCCAUGUACUCACCGGCACGCAUAUCUCUGUUCACCGAUGUCUACAACUGGUCAAUUACAGGUUGGGAUGUUCAUGACCUCGAUGAGGCCAAGUACACGCUUUGCAAGAAGCUCUCCGAGCUACUAUCAACCUUAACAAACUUUGUCGAGCAGAAACCACAUCUCGUCCCGAAAGGGAGCGCUCUGCAUGCCCUGUUCUCUCUCUCAUUCGAGCUGUUGGGACAUCCGAGCCUAACCGUCUCGAUUCCUAUCCUCCAUUCAUGGACAAAGUUGCUGAGAGGUCGGAUUCUCCAAGACUCCGAGGUCAGCCUCUUGAUCAGAGGCCCCUUUCUCGAAAUUUGUAGCCAGAGACUUGUGCGUUACGAAGCCUUACCUGAAGACUGCACUGACACAACGUUUCUGUUCCUCAACGAGGACUUCGAUACCGUACCUGAGCGACAUGCGUUCAUCGGCAACUAUCGACGGUACUGCGUUGACAUGGUCGAGAUCAUGGUUCGACGGAUGCCGCCUGAGGCCAUACCGCAUAUCCUGGUGCGGGCUGAUACAGUGCUAAAGAACCUUUACCAAGGCCAACCGCCUUUCUCAAUGCAAGACUUUUCCAAGAGCUCACCAACUAUGCUCCACGCUGAAGCUCAGGUUACUGUGAUUGAUGCCGCCCUGAAGGGCUACCUCAAAUGGCUCAGCCGCGAUGGGAGCGAUCCGCAGCAGCGAGAGAGCGACCGGAACAUCAUAGAAGACAAUCUUGAGCAGUGGUGCAGCAGCGUGCUCGCGACUGAGAUACAAGACCCUGAACUCGUGAGAAAGAUAAUUCAGCUAACGGUGACAACGUCGGCCAAGGCUUUGCCAACAAGACCAAGUCUUGCCGGAACAAUCCUGGAGUACAUCAUCAACAUACGUUUUGACGACAACGAGGCUUUUCCUUUGUACUCCGAAGCGGUCAAGAGCCUGGAUUCGACGUGCGCAUCAGAAAUGCAACGGCUUGCUAUAGCGUUCCCUGACUUCUUCAUGAGCGCCUACAGUGAGCUCGAGCGCAAGUUGGAGCAGGUAAUGAGCUCUCGUUUAGGCGACAACGACCGCCGUGCGUCGGGCUUCAAGAGUUUCUUGUUCAUCAUAAACCAACGAUCCACUCCGAAAGACGAAGCCGAACGGUUGGAACGGCAGAACCGGCUUGAGGAGGCUUUGAACGCAACUGCUUUAUCGUGGCAGAACCCUGAGCUGACCGAGGCCGGAAGAAGCUUUGACGGGUUUCUUCGCGUUCUUGGGCUUGAUCAGUUGCCUAGCUUCUUCUCGACGCGACAGCUCCACAGAGUAGAAGACUGGUCGGCACAGCAGCUGGAUGCGGAAGGCCAGGCGCUUCAGAACCAUAUCCUGGAGAAAUGCCAGAGGUUACCGCUGCGCUCGACGAAGCAUUUGCUUGCCGCGUCGACGGAGAAAGUACGCGAGGACAGCCAAAUCUUCGAGACCGCGUGCGAGCUCUGGUCGUCCAAGCUCCCCAGCAUUCUUCAGGCUCUACUCCCGCUCAUCGCCCAAGCCCAAGCCUUCCACAACAUGGACAACUGGUCACAGUAUCCAGAAGAGAUGCAAGUCAUCAUCAAGCGGGUGCUCACCGACCGGUUCUGGCAAGCCGGGAUAUCUAGCGAGAGCAGAGAUGACUUCUUUGCUAGAGUUAGCGAGUCCAAGACGACGUUCGAGGGCUUUGCCUCCACGGUACGCGGAACUAUUAGGCAGAUCCGAGAGACGUCCUUCUUUAUUCUUUAUGGCAUGUCGCGCUUCCGAGACUUCUUCUAUGGUAUCCCUGGGCUACCUCAGGGCCUGAGCGAAGCCCUGUAUAAGGAUGCGCAUGCACUAUCGACACAUCACUUAUCAGUGCUUUUGAGCAUGUCGAACAGCUUGAUCGAGCAGUGCCCCGUCCAUCUCCGGCCUCAUUUCCUACCACCUGUGGUCGCAGGACUUGCCUCCAAGCUGGACAUGAAGAUUUCCGCCGAAUGGGAUUCCAUCAACACAAAAGUCAGCCAGUCUGGGGACAACGACAACCUGGGCGAUGAGAUGAAGGCGGAGAGUAUCCUGCGCCAACUCACCUUCUCCUCACUCACGCUCGUCUCCACCUUGCUCGAUUACCCGCGCACCGGUAAGCAAGUCUAUACAUUCGAAUACAGCCUCAUCAGCGGAUCUUCCGCGCCGCUGACCGUCUCCACACCACCAGACCUACCACGCUCAUCCCAAGCUCCGCACCCUAUGUACAAGUUCAUCCUUGCGACUCCCACCGCCAUGGAGCCGCUGCUCGUCUUCCUCGCGCACGCCCUCACCUUCCGCGACACCCGCAGCUGCAGCCUCGCGGUCCGCAUCCUGCGCGGCACGCUCCCCCACUACCGCGACGCGUCGCCCGUGCGCGACUUCCUCGCCUUCGACGUCCUCAGAACGGCCGUCACGUCCCUGCACGAGCCCUACUUCGUCGACGUGCAGAAGGACCUCGCAGGGCUGAUUGCGCAGAUCAUCCGGCUGGACCCCGAGACGGCGCGGGGGCUGAUCCUGAGUAUGUCCGGCAUGAAGGAGCGGGCGGCGAAGGUGGAGCGGGCAUUUGAGGGGAUUUGCGCCGAGGGCAAGGGCGAGAGGCAGCAGAGGGCGCUGGUGCUGGAUCUGCUGGGCGAUAUUAGGGGCGUGGGGAUUCAUGAGAUGGGGAGGAUUGAGCGGCCGAAGCGGAGGGAGAAGGUUAGAGAGGAGUAUAUGGAGCCGGAGCAGACGGGGAUCGUGAGGGGGGAGGAGGACUUUGAGGGCGUGCAGGAUAUGUUUGGCUGA